GACGUUGAUGAGUGUGAUCUGGGAGAACACAAAUGUGAUUCAAAUGCUGAAUGUAUAAAUACCCGUGGAUCCUACGACUGCAAAUGUAAAGAAGGAUUCACAGGAGAUGGCCUAACGUGCAAAGGUAAGUGUUGACUGAUAAUCACCAAAUAGGAAGUACAUUAUCCAUCAGCCAUUCUACAAGCAAGCCGCACCGCAUUCCUGCCGUAACACAAGAAGGCCUAUGAGCCCUAUUCCUCAACUUCUACAUGCUUGUGCAUGUGGAACUUAUUUCAUGGUUUAAAAAAUGACUGUUAGAAAUAAAGGAAAAAUGUUAAGAAGUUCAUGUAAUCUUUUGAUGUCACCCAUUCCUCCAGACCUCUUAAGAAUGCCUUUGUGUUACUUUCAGAUUUUGACGAGUGUAAUUUGGAUGAUAAUAAUUGCACCAAGGGUGGCGCCAAUUGUACAAACACCGUAGGGUCAUUCAACUGCACCUGCCAGACUCGAUAUUUCUGGAAUGGCAUGGAAUGCCAAGGUUUGUUUACUCCAGUAUUAUUUAGCUCUAUGUGAACGUCGUUUCAAGGAGUCUUUCUGGCUGUCUCUAUAUCUUGCUCUCUUUCUCUUGGUCCUAUUCUCUCUCUCUCUCUGUCAUAAUACCUGUCAUUGGACUGUCUGUGUGUCUGUCUUUUUGUCUGUGUGUCUGUCUUUUUGUCUGUCUGUCUGUCUGUCUGAUUAUCGUUCAUUUGGUUCGUCUGUUUAUUUUUCCAUCUGCCCGUAGUUCUUUAUUAACAUUAGAGCGUAGAAAUCGGAUUUCAGUUUCAUUUUCAUUGUGUGAUAAGAACAAUAACGGAAAUAACUGACAAGGGCAUGUUCUCCGACAAAAAGAUAAUUUUUUUGGAAAUGUGAGCCUUGAUUUGAUCAGGGGUAUUAGUUGAUCCUGAGUUACUUGUUGCGCCAAUACUAACAAAAAGUACCAAACAUGAGAGGUACUCAAAUGUAUAAUUUGCUAUUGAAAGGUUAUCUCAUGUUAGCUUAAUUAAGCCUUUUUGAGGUGAGCGCUUAGCUGUGAAUUCAAGUUCAUAGUUCCUUUAAACAUCCUUUUUUUAGUUUGAAACUGUCAUCUCCGAAAAAAAAAUUAUUAUACUUGUGCGCCAUUUGGAAAGAAAAGCGAAAAUCACAGGAUAAGAAAUUUGCAGGCGGUAGGCGCUCACCGAACUGCAUACUUUCCCUUCUAGGUAAGGAAAUGUAUUUGCGAAGUUGGUGGAAAUUUACCUGCUGUUUUUUCAAAAAGUGCAUGGUAUACCUGUAAAGCUUUAAGAAUCUUGAACUGCAAUUAAUUCUUGAAAGUUCUAACUUUGAUCAACACUAUUAUCAUUUCCUCUUUGAAUUUUAUUUGAUUAUCUAGCCGAUGGUUGUUACAACUACACAAAUCUGAUAGAGCCUACCAGAAAAAGCAGUUACGUAACACCCCCCCAUGGUCCUUCUCUGUGUGACAAUCAGCUCAUUGAGGGAUGGCAUCGUUUUGUGGGAGCCGCAGGAUCAAAAAUGCCAACAACGCGUGUGCCAGCAUACAAAUGUGGUACAGACUGGUCAGGUUGGUUGGACGGUGCUCAUCCCACAGUGGAAGAUGGUGAAGUUAAAAGAACGGUCUGCUUUAGUAAUCGUUCUACAGGUUGCACAGGCAGGAAAAAUAUUUUAGUGAAAAAUUGUGGAUCCUUCUAUAUCUACUAUCUCCAUGCAACAUUAUGUCCUCGGCGUUACUGUGGGACUAAUGAAUGAGGGGCUAAAAAGUUGGAAAAAAAAAAGAAAUUGAAUGUGAUGGAUUUAUCUUAUUUACCGCUCUUCAAGUUGAGAUUGACUGAAAGUCAGUUUGUUUUAUCAUUUCAUUGUAUGUCAUUUUCUCGUUUGUUAGUCUCUCCCGAAGUCACAGUUAUCGUCGAAGUUUCGCCUAAACUGCUUUUCAACGUUACUUUUCCUAAUUUGUGUCGAAAAGGCUGAACUGAUGAAAUGAUGAACCGAUUAUCGAAAAUAAUCGAUUGCGAAAGAAGGCGCAAAGACCUCGACAUUUUACUUUACUUUAAAAAAACAGAGACCAGAAAGUGUUUCAACGAUAUUGCCUAGGUGACUAAGCAUUUGAGCAGAAAAGAUUGAAAAUGUUUUUGGUUUAAGAGUACAUAAUCUUAGCAUAAUGAUAUCCUUACAACAAUUAUUUACGGAUGGUCCGUCUUAAUGUCGAGAUAAUUCUGUGCUGUUUAAAAAGUCACAGAAAGUAACUUUUCUUUUUGAAUGAUGGUUCGAUAACUGCUCGUUUCAUUUCUUUAUUUUCAAGCUAGUAUCAGACCCUAACUUUUUACACAUACAGCGGAAAAAACACUGCAGACGAACCUCUGUAAUACAAAAACGUUACGGUCAAAGCAAAGUGUUCGUACAAGAGAUAUGUCUGUUUCAUUAAGUUUAGUACGGUGUAACUCUCAAGAUUGGAAUGUCUAUAGCAACAUGAACAGGCACACGAGUGCUUCUUUUCUCUGAGUAUAAAGAGACCAUGAUUGUCUGACGCUCAGGGAGCGUUGUCCUUAUUAAAGAGGGUCUCUAUCAGGAAGGUUCCUAAUUAUAAAGAGAACAUAGCAGAAUUUGAUCUGGAUAUAUAAAAUUAUCCGCCGUACUUAUUGGCGAGGUGUUGGUAUUGCAGAGUUGUCCGUAAGGAAAGGUUCAACUGUACCUUAGGUGCUUUUGUAUUUAACAAAAAGCUAACUUUUUCUCAAUAUAUUAAUAACAUCAAAAAAUCUAGGCCCCCACGUGUUAGGUAAGUAAUUUUUCAAUUUGUAGAUUAUUUCAUCUGUUAUCCUGAUCCCUCCUAUCUAAACAUCUAUCUCGCCAUAGGUUCAACGUUUCAACCAAUUUUUUAGAGGAUUGCUAAAGUUACAACCAAUCGUGGGGGACAAACUUAAAAUUAAAUUAUGUCCAUACAGACGAGGAAAUGAAAAUGCGAAAAAUACUUUAUCAUAGAUAGAUUUGUUACAUUGUACGAUAAGGUAGCACACUACCGGGUAUAUCAGUUUUUCUUAAAGGGUUGGAGUAAUUUGAUGCAUAAUUUUAAGCCGUACUGGAAUUUCAGCUAAUACUUGAGCUUGACGUACUCAUUUCGAAUCAAAAUAAAUUACAAAGAUUCGUUUUCAGCUACGUUAAAAAAAGAAACAUUUAAAAGUACAUUCAAUCCAUGGCUCAAAUCGUUUAUUCAAACUUGAUCAGGGGCAAGUAUUAAACACAUACUUUUAACUUAAGAGGCCCUCUGUUUACGUAAGUUCAGGCAGCAUAUUUUCUGCAAUUAAUGGAUUGAAAAAAUCACGUUUAAAGAUAAAAAAACGAAUUAACUCCAUUUUUUAACAACAGAAUUGAGAUAAAGGUUUUAAAAAUAUUAUAAAAAAAUAAAUUUUAAAAAAGGUAUGAAAAGUGCAGGGCUUAAGUGAAUAAGUACAAAAACUAGGUGAUUUUCGUCGUUUUACAUUUAUAUGGUAAUUUAGGUAACACAUCGGAUUCUGAUUAAACUUAACGCUUACUAAGUACCCUAAAUCUAGCGGUCACCGAAAUCGUUUUAACGUUUGAACUUUUUUAGACAAGUGUAUUAUGUUUGAAGAAUAUUGAACCAUUCUUAAACCCUUCACAUUAUUGGAUCGGUAUGCAUAUUCUCUAUACUGAUCUCUACACAUCUGCAAUAGAACUUACAUGGAGAAUUUGGUUCAACAAUUCAGAGCUUCUCUAAUGGUGAAUCAUUUCCCUGAUUUCAUUACUUUUAUGAGUGAUCAUUUUCCUUGUUCUCAUGACCUCAACGUUUGAUUUAAAGUGUUAUUGUAAGGAGAAAAAAGAUAUCAAUCACUCCUAGGGAUUAAAAGGUUAAGAGAAACCGAUUUAGAGUAGAAUUGAAUGUGGUACAUAACUCCGGCAUCGUAAAAACAAAGCUGCAAACGUUUGCGAGCGAUCUCAAGUUCUUUCUUAAAAUAAUGGUAAAUAAAAUGCAUUGUUUUCUUGUUACGUUUUUUUUUCGUUUAUAACUUAACUUGCAAUACUGACACUACUUGAAUACUGAGGAUCAAUUGAAAAGCAACCAUAGCUUACACUUAGAAAUAGACACCCACAGCUUGCAUACCGAUAUACCCUGGCAUAAAUGACUGUAAAUAUAUUAAAUCAUAUAUGUGAACUGCGGAGAAAGAAAUAAGUAUGAAAACGACCUUCGCAGUAUUGAACACAUCUUAAACAGUUGUGGAACUACGGCCUGAAAAAAAUCAGGCCUGCACAGGACUUAAACCCUUUACUUCUGCGCUACCGACUGAGCUCAGAGCCAACUGGGGACUGAUCAUUAUGUUGGUUUAAAAUAAACCCGUGAAGUGAUAAAUAAAUGACGGUAAAUAUAUGAAAAUCAUAGAUGUGAACUGCAGAGAAAGAAAUAUUUUAACUGCUGCGGUAAACAAAGCAAUUUCAGCCAGUACCUCGUGGGUACUGUAUCCUUGCACAAGCAAUUGCAACCUAAAAACCUAGGGCGUUGCUUCAGGAUUUUAUCAUGCAGUGCAGAGACAUAACCCCAUGUAGCACUGGUGGACUUCAGCCGCAAGGACCAAGACCUGAUAGAAAAUGGCCGGAAACCAUACUCGUUAUGAACCAAACAUUUGAGAGAUUUCUGGUCAUUUUCAAAGGCAAAUAUCGACCUUAAACGGUUAUUUAGCUCAAAAGUAAUUCACAAAUCAGUUUUAGGACUUGCUAAUAGAUAAAAAUAAGAUAUUUAAGAAUCACCUUUAAUAACUCAGAUAACCUUGACGGCUCGAUUAGAAAAUCACCAAACGCCGAAAACGAUAGGAGGUGAAGGGGAGGGGAGGGGAUUACAAUAAGGCUUACUUCACGUGGCGAAAGGGGUGUGUGUGGAAACAACCGAUUUCAAAAAUUUAUCUACGAAUUAAAUCUCACAGUACAAGAGCCUGUAUGUACACAUAAACAGCCGCAGUUGAUGCUCUAAAAUUGGCGUCAAGCAUCCGUCGUUUUGAACUUGAUUAGAAUUUUCGAUGUACUCUCAAAUUUUUAACAACUCCUUCCACUCACAAGCGGAAUUAAAUAUGUCUGAAACCAUGCAUAUCAUCUGGGAAUGGUUCUCCCUAAAUUCAUGUCAACGAGCUAUGUCAGUUAAAACUUUUCACCAACGCGGCGCGGUAAAUACCCACCGCCAGUCACCGACACAGAGGUAAAUAGUGUGGACUAAAACAGUGAGAUAAUAAAACACAAAAAUAGGGUUUAACUCAUUUAUUCCUGUAACGAUUAUAAUUUGUUCGGACACAAAUCUCGCGCGAGUUGCGGGGAAGGUGAAUAACUAAGGAUAUUCUGAGAUUGGGUAGCCAAUCAGAGCGCGCCUUCGACAGUUUUAGUUUAUACUUAUCGUUUACAUCAUUCUCUAAAUACUUUGAGCACUUUGAGCACACUCAUAAAUCAGUGGAUAUUUUUUGAACGGCACUUUAGACAAUACUGUAACAUUCAAACAUAAUUAUUGGAAUUAACGAAAGUUUAAAUUUUGAAAUUAAUGAAGCGUGCGUUUGGUUCCUGAAACAAAUUUUUAUACUUCGCUAAAUGUCAGUUGAGAAAAUAAUAAUAGUGUACCUCAAAGAUACACCGAAAACAUCUCUAUCUUCAGGCAGAAAUUUUUUACCUAUAACGUCACUAUUCCAUCUCUAAGGACUACAGGCAUAUCCGUCCAUUCUUGUGAUUUUUCACAAGUAUCUUCAACUAACCAACAUGCAGGUCCACUGGCUCUAUAUCACCGUCGCUGAGUGUCAAUGGAACACUGAUUUUCACCGGCUCCGACUGCUUCACAUCAUGCGAACACGAAAAAUUAAUAAUCGGACCCAAAAACAAUGCUUCUACGGUGUGGUCAAUGCUUACCGCUUCUUGGUCCUCAAGUUUAGAGAAAAGACAAUCACAUCCGACGGUUGAGUUGAAAAACUAUGCUUUUGAUAGCCAGCAGUGGUUUCCCAAAUGAAAUAAGAACAUUAAAAAAGAAAAGAGUUAUGGGAGUUUAGCCUAAGGAGCAGAAAUUGUGUAUUUAAUUUUUGUUGACCUUUCACACUUUUUACGAACAAAAUGACAGCUCAUCAUCUACAAAUUUUAUUCUAGGGCCGUUCUAAGUUUCAUACUCAUCCACCACACUAAGACAAAGUGAUUCUCACCUUAUGCAAAACUACGCUGUUACUUCAAGCUCACCACAAACGAUUAAUUCAACUCAAACAGUGUCAGGCAUCUAAGGCCUAGUUCAAACGUCGAUCUUUACAUGUACUGAACCUAAUUGCAAUUUGGGUCGACUCGAAUAAUAAAGAGCGGCAGUUGAUUCAAACGUCGAUCCGAAUUUAGUCGAUCCUAAUUGCAAAACUGAACAUAACUCCAUUGUAGUCAGCGGUUAAUGCCUAUCAAAAUGACGGAAAAAAAUGCGGGAAGCACAACUUGUGGAAAUGAAGAGUUUGUUUUUCUUGCAAAUGCGAUUAAGGAGGGUAGAAAAAGGUGACUCAAGAUGCAGUUAGCAUUAAACAACCUUGCUGCCAGGAGAAGACGAGUUUUGAAUUUGGCUUGCCUUCUAUUAUUGCUUAUUUCCCAUAGGAACAUACAAAAGUACUCCUUACACGUAAGACAGGUAUAUUUUGUGGUUUUAAAACAAGAGGAGCACGAGCCUUCCUCCUUUCCCGCCAUAUUGUUUGAAUGAUUCGAAGGCUUUCGUGCAUGGCACGUAAGCGAACUUUCUUGAAUUGCGGGUAAAACAUAAUUAUUUUAACGUAUGUAUAAUGUAUGCAUUAAGUUCGGUACAUGUAAAGUACGACGUAUGAAACAAUGCCGAUCUUUUACUAGUCGGAUAGAACGGCACUGUCGAUCCGAAUACAAAUCUGCCGAUCCUAAUUGAUUCAAACGUCGAUCUUUACAUGUACUUAAUAGAAACGUUAGGUUCGGUACAUGUAAAGAUCGACGUUUGAACUAGGCCUAAUUUCUCCUUACAUUGUUAACCUAAAUAAAAAAAUUAAGAAUACAAGAAUAAUAGCACAAUAUUUGUGAAACGAAUUUUAGCAUAUAUUUGUAUUCUGUGCGUUUUUAGAUCCGUUUAUUGGUAGAUGUCGUAUCGGGUUGGGCGUUAACUAGUAUGGUAUGUAGUCUCUUGAGUUUUUCUCAUUCGUGAGUAUUUAAGGAGUGCUUCGUCCUUAAUUUUUUUCUCUCAGCGUGUUACCAGCACUGAUUUAGUUUACUUUUCCUGUUUUCGCUAAUGUUUCUUUUCUUUUUCAGUGCUGGGAUUUUAGCCAUUUAACGCGUAAUUGUCCAAAAUCUGCGUCUAGUUCAUCAUCGUCGGACCGUCCGCCCACCCAGUUUUGACUAUCUGUGGGCACUGUUUCUGACAUGGAUGUAAGCAUUGUGGAGACUGAUAAGUACCUGUUAAUUAUUGAUUAUUUGGGUAAUUGGGCCGAGUUUAUCGAGGGCUCCCUCCCUUCCACAGCGUAUUGCUUGUUAUCUGACUGCUUACUUUGAUGAAAAGAACGCAUUUUAGCGAGUUGUCCAUUUCGAGGUUUUCAACGUACAUAAGAAAAGCCCAAGGCUGACACUCCAUUUCCGAACGCUCGAUCUGAGAAGCGAAAAAUUCCAGCGCAAAAUGACCGGGCGGCCACAAAUCCGAUGCAGAAUCCCAACACAUAUACUGUAGUUUUAUUUCAAUUCAACACAAACUCAAUCUUCCCCGUGCAACCGACGCUUAGCCGCAGUUUGCUUCAAAAAUUUCCAGUUUAGAGGUUUCUAACAGCCCGCGUCCACAUCAACCUUGACACAUGACCGUUGAAAACCGGCUAGGUAACCUUGCCUCCUUUUUAAACUGAGCCUCGCACUGUAACUUGGAAGAUGAUCAUCUCAUAGCUGGAGCUUGGGCCGCCUGUGGAGUAAUCAGGAAUCUUGUACAUAUCAAGUGCGAAUCCUUUGUAGUUUUUUGUAGCUACACAAUUUUUAUCUUUUCUGAAACUAUUCUAUUUUAGUCAAAGAAUUGUUCGUUUCCUAGAUGGAACCUCAUUUGUUUUGAUCCGAUAAACAUAUAUACUGUAUUCUGUGAUAAGGAUUUAUGGUUCCUUAAUUCAAAACACAUUUUGGCUUAGUCUAAAAUAAGUUUUUGAUAAUUUCUCAUGUCAAAACAUAUUUACUAUUAAUAUUAUUUAUCAAUACUCUUAUUAAUGCUUCUUUGAUUUAUGGAUACAUCCCCUCUGAAUGGAAAUGGGCACUUGAAAAUCCUUUGUUGAAGAAUGGCAAAUCAAAUGACAUGGAUAAUUAUCGACCGAUAUCUGUACCACCGACCAUAUCUAAGGUUCUGGAAAGAGUAGUUCACACGCAGUUAUAUGAUUUUCUGGCUAGAGAAAAGUUAUUGAGUCCCUAGCAAUGUGGCUUCCGCGAGGGCCGCUCUACUGAUUUGGCUGUCUUAUCGUUCACUGACAGCAUAAGGCGCAGUAUGGAUCAGGGUCUACUAACUGGAGCAGUUUUCAUCGAUUUGUGGAAAGCGUUCGACUCAGUGGACCAUGACCUGCUACUGGAGAAACUCACUAUGGGAUAUGGAGUCACUGGAAAAUUGCUUGGAUGGUUUAGGGGUUACCUAACCGAUAGACGACAAGUGGUGACAGUCCAAAGUACUCUGUCAGACCCUUGUGAUGUUGCUUUUGGUGUGCAGCAAGGUUCAAUCCUUGGACCAUUGUUGUUUGUGCUGUUCAUCAAUGGUUUACCUACUGCUAGCAAAUGUAAUAUAUUAUUAUACGCUGAUGAUGCGGUCGUUUUUGCAGCCCACAAGGACAUUGAAAUCUUGGAGGAAACUUUGAAUGCCGAACUAGACGAAGUGAAUAAAUGGACUCUCAGUAAUUUUCUUUUUAUCAACAAAAGCAGAAUUCGUAAUUUUAGGAACUGAUGCUAGGCUUUCUAAAGCUACUGACACAGUAGUUAUCAAAAUAGGUGAUUAUGAAAUUAAUAGAGUUUAUGAUUUUAAGUAUUUAGGCAUCGUUCUUGACGAUAGUCUUACGUGGUGGGUGUUUUAGGGCGCCUCAGAAGGAAUAUCACUAUACAUGCAGCUUUCGAGAUGUAUAAUUCAUUAAUUUUGCCCAUUUUUGAAUAUUGCGAUGUUGUUUGGUCCAGCUGCAAUAAAGCAGACAUGGAAAGUUUUGAAUCUUUGCAAAGGCGGGCCUCGAAAAUUAUAGUUAAAUCUAAAUGUGGUACAACAUCUACCGACUAUCUUAAAUUUCAGAGUUUAGAAGAUCGCCGUAACGCUCAUAUUUUAGGUUUAGUGAAGAGGUGUAAUAAUGUACCACAGUUUUAAAAGAAUUAUUUUAAGUUGAAUAAGGAAGUUAUUUCAAGAGAAACAAGAAGAAGCAAUUUUAUAUACUUACCUGCAGUAAGAACUGAGACCGCCAAGAAAAUUUUUUAUUAUAAUGGCUCAGUUGUGUAUAAUAAUUAUUUAGUAAAUAAGAAUUAAUUUUAAUUGUUGUACUGUACUAUUAUUAACUCAUAGUUACUUAGUUUCUUAUUAUUUAUUUUGAACUUUUUAUUAGUUUUAAUCUAGGGCUCCUAUUGAUAACAGAUAUACUUUUAAGUAUUCUGAAGGGAUUACCCUAGUUAAAUAAAGGUUUGCUACUGCUACUAUACUCUGGUUAAGAAUUUAUGGUUCCUUGUUUCAAAACACAUUUUGGCUUAGUGUGAAAUAAGUUUUUGACAAUUUAUUGUGUAAAAACAUAUUUACUGUAUUGAAAAAGCGAAUUUUACCAACGCUGCUGCGCUAGUUUCGGCCUUUCUUCUCUAAUUUGGGCUUUUCAAGGCGCGAGUGCAUUCAAAUCUCCCUCUUCAAUGCUAAUGAAUAAUUUAUGAUGUCCUGGCAUUCUGCGCGAUGAUUCUGUGCUGUCUAAAAAGUAACAGGAAGUAAAUUUUCCCUUAGAAUAAUGGUGCGACAUUUUCUCGUUCCAUUUCUUUAAUUUCGAGGUAGUGUUAGACCCUAACUAUUCACACUUUCAGCGGAAAAAACACUGCAGUCGAACUCCUGUAAUACAAAAGAACUUAUGGACGAAGUAAAAUGUCAGUAUAAGAGAUUUGUCCGUUUCAUUAUUAAGUUCAGCACGGUGUAACUCUUAAGAUUGAAGUGUCUAUAGAAACAUGAACAGGCAUACUCGUGCUUCUUUUCUCUGGGUAUCAAGAGACCAUGAUUGUCUGAGAUUCAGCGUGCGUUGUCCUUAUUAGAGAAGGUCUACAUCAGGAUGGUUCCUUAUUAUAAGAAGAAGAUAUCAGAAUUUGAUCUGGAUCUAAAAAAAUUUCAGAGGUGUCCGUAAGGAAAAGUUCAACUGUAUCAUAAGUGCUUUUGUAUUUAACAAAAGUUCAAAAACUCUAGGUCCCCACGUGUUAGGUAAGUCAGUCUUCAAUUUGUAGAUUAUUUCAUCUGUUAUUCUGAUCCCUCACCAUAAGUUCAACGUUUCAACUAAUUUUUUGGAGGAUUGCUAAAAUGACUGAAAAAAAACGUGGUGGACAAACCUAAACUUAUAUUCUGUCAGACGAGGAGAGCAAAAUGUGAAAGAUUCGUUGAGAUUUACAUUGUACAAUAAGGUAGCAACCCCAAUUGUGUAUAUCAGUUUUCCGUAAAUGGUUGGAGUAGUUUAAUGCAUAAUUUUAAGACAAAAGGUAAUUUCAGCAAAUACUUGAGCUUGACGAACUUAUUUCGACUGAAAAUAAGUUACAACCGCGAUUUGGUUGUCGGCUUGGAAAAAGUGGUGAUUAGAGGAGGGAGUUGCUAAGGAAAUCGAAAAUUAGGAGCACAAUUAGAACACUCUGCUCGAGCGAUUCUACGCCGAAGUUAAAAACAAACAUGGUUAAACCUCGCAGACGACGAUUUCAUUCAAUCGAAAGUGACUCGGACACGGACUGAACAAUUCCUUGAACUGUUUAGCCGGACUUUGAACUUUUUUGCGCCUUAAAGAUGUGAAAACAUCUUCGUAUUUUAUUGUUUAGAUCGUACGCGAUUGUUUUGACCGAACGCACAAUAUCAUUUGCAGGGUUUGAAUAAAUUAUUUUUGCAGUUGAUGCGCGCGCUUUGCUUCUGCAUAAUUAUGAUAAGCUAUCUCGUAGUUUUUCAUGUGUAUUAUUAAUACGUAUCACAUUAUUUUUCUCGUAAAUAAGCACUUGUAAAUUUUGUACAUUUUUUCAAAGACCGCAAAAUUCAGUCGCCCUACGGGCUCGUGCAAUUUUGUUAGUCUUUAAAAAAAUUUACUCCUGCCUAUUUAUUCAAAAUUGCACUCGAAAUCAUAUGAUUACCUAUACUAAUAUAAUAACUUGACUGACUGAUCCUACUUGAAUAAUGAGGAUUAAUUGAAAAGCCACCAUAAUAAAACUUCUAACAAUAUACACCCACAGCUUGCUUACUGAUAUACACUGGCCUAAAUGACUAAAUCAUUUAAAUCAUAUAUGUGAACUGCGGUGGAAGAGAUAAGUAUUGAAGCGACCUUCGCAGCAUUGAACACUACUUAAGCAGUGGUGAAAUUAAGGUCUGAAAAAAAGCCAGAAUAUCUCCAUAAGGUGUCUGACGUCUACCAUAACAAUUACUUAAUGCAAUGCCUAAAGGUAGUUUACGCAGAUGGAAAUAGAUCUCUAAUUCAUAAACGUGAAUUGUCUCCGUGGUACAUCACACAGAGUCUUGUUCCAGGCGAGAAGCGUCUUACAUUCUAGUAACGCGGUGCACGAUUUUACACUUUGGUAAUUUUGCAGGAGCAGAUUGGCAACAUGUCUGGCAUCUUGUUUCUUGGUACCUUCACUGUGCUGUGCUCUCUGAUGUGUGUUGUGUAAUGUAAAGAAGAUGGGUAGAUUUUUUAUUAAUAUCAGGGAAAAUUUUUAAAACUGGAAAUUUAUAAUGCGUUUGAAGCAGGAAUAAACGAAAGUAAUUCACUUCGAAUGCUCUAUUGUUACUAUUACCAAAAUUCCCAAGUUUUCAAAAUGUUCUACCUUCUAAUAGGAGAGUACAUUGUUUAUAAAGCCAUUAUGAGGAUAUGUAAAUCUCCUAAAAGACAGGUGGGAUUUACCUCACGCAAGCUUAUCCCAACCGCCUGCUUAGGCAGGCGGUUGGGAUAAAAGGAUCAUGAGGUUUAGGCUAUAAAUUCGGCACAAAUUCAUGUUGCACUCUUUUAAAUUUGUUAGUAUGCUUUGACGCUAAAGAAAAAACUCCCUACGUGCCCCUCACAAAAUUUCAUAGUAUGACUAUGGAAUUUAGUCAGCUAAAGUGAAACUUAAUCAUCCAUUGUUCUCUCAGCAUAUUUACACAACGAAAUAAUUAAAUAAAUAUAAAAUUUCAAAAACCGCCCCCGGACAUCUAAUUAGUCCUUUAACUGUUGUUUUGAAAAUGAUUUUCGAUUAGGAUCAGAAGCAAAUAUGUAGAAUUGUAAAAACGGUCGAAAUGUCGACACGACCUUUUUAUCGCGUGAACGAAUACACUUAAAUCUAUAUAUAGAGAUAGCUCCUUCUGAAAAAAAUUUAAACGUUUUAUGGCUUCAAAUUCGUGGGUAAAGAAUAAGUUUCGAUUAAACAACGAAAUAACUUUCAGUUAUUUAGAGACUGGAAUUCUAAAGAACACAAUCAUCUCGAAAAAAAUAGCCAAAUUUAGUUUUGUCUUAUCUUUUUAUCACCAUUAUCUGUAUUCUGCACUGACAUAAUGAACUUGGUAAAACACUGGGCCUUUUAUGAAAGUUGCCCACGAAUAACUCGCGGCGAUCUUCGAAAUAUUGAACACUACUUAAGCAGUAGUGAAAUUAAGGCCUGAAAAAAGUCAGAAUAUCUCCAUAAGAUGACUGACGUCCAUCAUAACAAUUACUUAAUGCAAUGCCUAAAGUUAAUUUACGUAGAUGGAAAUAGAUCUCUAAUUCAUCAACGUUAAUUGUCUCCGUGGCACAUCACACUGAGUCUUCAGAAGCUCCAGGCGAGAAGCGUCUUGCAUGCAAGUAACGCGGUGCACAAUCUUACAUUUUGGUAAUUUUGCAGGAGUAGUUUUGCAACAUGUCUCGCAUCGUGUCUCUCGGUACCUUCAUUAUGCUAUGCUCUCUGAUGUGUGCAAUGAACUGCAAGGAAGGUGGGUAGAUUUUUUAAUUAGUAUAAGGAGAAAGUUUUUAAAACUGUUAUUUUAUAAUGUGUUGGAAGCGGGAAUGAACAAAACAAUUCAUUGCGAGUGUUCUAUCGUGACCAUUACAAAAAUUCCAAGGUUUUCAAAAUGUUCUACCUUCUUAUAGGAGAGUAUAAUGUUUAUAAAGCUAUUAUGAGGAGACGUUAAUCUUCAAAGACAGGUGGGAUCUACCUCACGCAAGUUUUUUUAAGCAGGCGGUUGGGAUGAAAGGCACAAAUUUUAUGAGUAUGACUAUGAAUUUAGUCAGCUAAAGUGAAGCUUAAUCAUCCAUUUUUCUCUCAGCAUAUUUACAAAACGAAAUAUAUAAGUAGAAAUUUCAAAAACCUCCCCCGAAAUUCUAAUUAGUCCUUUAACUUUCGCUUUAAAAAUGAUUAUCGAUUAACAUCAGGAGCAAAUAUGUAGAAUCGUAAAAACGGUGGAAAUGUCGACGCAACCUUUUUAUCGCGUGAACUUCCGUCGAAUACACCUAAAUCUAAAUUUAAUCGUUUUAUGGCUUCAAAUUCACGUGUAAGGAAUUAGUUUCGAUAAAACAACUUAAUAUCCUUUAGUUAUCUAAAGACUGGAAUUCAAAAGGAACACAAUCAUCUCGAAAGAAAUAACCGAAUUUAGUUUUGUCUCAUCUUUUUAUCAUCAUUGUCUGUAUUCUGCACUGACAUAAUGAACUUGGAAAAACACUGGGACUUUCAUGAAAGCUGCCCACUAAAAUUUUCUCCAAUCUACAUCCUAGAUCCUAAAUUGUUCGUCUCGAUACUAACUUUACGUGUUUUGAAAUACCAAUUCUUCAACAAAAUUUGCAUCUUUCCCCUUUGACAGGUACAGAACUGAAAUAUCACCUAUCAAUUAUUUACAAAAUAAAUACACUUAUGCCUUAAUUGAAAUCAGCCCCAUGCCAAAACUUGGGCGACUUCUGCGAAGUAGUUGAAAACACGAGCUCAAAUUAUCCCAUAACUCAUCAGAUACAAUAGGCGACGCUUUAAGAACAAAGGUGAAAAUUAUAAAAUGAAACGAAACUUUUUCAAGGCAACGUCUGUCGCAAUCCUACUUGUUUAAGUCUCUGAAAAUAAAAACAAAAACAAAAAAAGAAAACAGAACACAACAAAACUAUAAAUUUCUCCCCCUAAACAUAUCAAUAAACUCUUUCGAUGUGAUAAGUUUCGAUAUUUAUUUGAAAAGAAGACAAAACAGAAAGCUCUAAGCCUCUCCUGGGGUACCAUACAGGUUACACCUGCAGCCACUUCCAAAACAACACACUGCAUAGUGGUACGUACAACACAAUCUAAGAACAGCGAACCUAGUGAGAAUUUCGCAAUUCUAAAGAAGUGCCCUAGAAAGCUCGACUAUCUUAUAUUCCAUAUCCUCCUUAUGAAAAGAAAAGAGCAGACAUUAACCUUACAGAACAUUACUCAAUAUCGUAGUAUUCAGUCAUGGCUUGUAGUUUUGAUUGAUUCUAGGUUAACUUUACAAAUUCAUGUAAGACCAUAAAAUCUAGGGAGGGCCAUCCGCCCUCGUUAAGUUUAGGCAACGACAUGAUUUCGAGUGCAAUUUGGUGUAAAUAAGCACGAGUAUAUAUUUUUCAAAGACAACAAAAUUGCACGAGCCCGUAGGGCAAGUGCAAUUUGUAGUCUGAAAAAUUUACAUGUACUUAUUACAAAAAAUUGCUGGGGGAAUCAUGUUAUUACUUGUUAUAAUGUACAUGAAAAAAACAUCGCAGGAGGUGAAGACAGACGAAAUUUUGAAAGCGUGCGCGCGCUUAUUUUGCCCUGGUGUUACGACUUUGGACCCGCGUUAUGACUUUGCACUCGUGUUACACGAGAAUGCACUCGUUUUCAGCUAAUCAGAAGCGUAUAAUUUUUUCGUGUACAUUAUUAAUAAAGUUAUUUAUUUAUAACACUUACCCAGACUCCAUUCGGGCGAAAUUAUUUAUAUGAAUACAAAGCACACUUUUAAGCUUUGUUCUCAUUAAAGAAAUCAUUUAUGUACCUUAACAUUUCUAUAUAUAUUUACAUAUAGUACAUCAAUUAUGCCAAUCCCUUUCAAUUUUGACAAUAAUAACAGGAUGUAAUCGAAACCUCAUGCUAUGGUUUUUUCGUUGAUUAAAUACGUACACUUUCUGUAUGACGUUGACUGCAGUUUCCUUUACCAAUUUCUCUACCUCCAUCCCUUCCCUAUUAUUUACCUUUACUACUAGAUCCGGUGUCUUUGUCAAAUAGAGCAUUCCCUUGUAACCAGUGGUAUUAUGUUCUUCCUAUCGGAAAAUAUCAUUCUUUUCUAUAGAACAAUGUCGUCAAUUGGAGUUCAGUGCUGCCCUUGCAUUUAGAGGAAAACGGCUGCUUAACCACAAGAUAAAAGAAGUUGACAACGUCGCAAGGGACUUCUGUGGAGCAUUGUGUUUUAUGGAACCCAACUGUAUCAGCUAUAAUAUAUUAGUAUCCAAUGAUUCUCCCUCGAUCACCAAAUGCGAGAUGAAUAACGCUACACAUUUUGAACAUCCGAGUGAUCUGGUGUCAUUUCCAAACAGCACCUAUCGUGGAUCCAAGGUGUGUUUAUAGCUGCAAUGAUUAGGAUAAUAGAGGUCUUCUUUUGGCCUAUCCGUAUGUCUUUGUUACAAUUCAUUUUUUUACUGGUUUAUUCACAUCUUUUUAAUUUUGACUGUAAAUAUAUAAAAACCAUAUAUGUGAACUGCAGUUAAAGAAAAAAACUUGAAAACGAUCUUCGCUUUAAUGAACACUACUUAAACUGUAGUGAAAAUAAGACCUGAAAAAAUUCAGGCUCGUACGGGAUUUGAACCCAUGACCUUUGCGAUAUCGGUGCAGCGCUCUAUCCACUGAGCUAACAAACCAUGUGGCAAUUCAUAGAUAUCAUUUUUAUAAAUUUACAGUUAUUUAUUCUUCCCUUCACGGGUUUAUUUGGAACCAACAUAAUGACCAGCACCCAGUUAGCAUACACGACAGUUAG